UCUUCAGUUGAUAUUUUGUUUUCGGGGCGAUCGCUACAGAUAUUUGACUCGUCUGGUUUCUCGAUUGGAAAGUGUAAAUGUGGAAGCAUUUUUUUAAGAUUUUAAAAAAGAUUUCAUAGUGCAUUGAAUAGUUAAAUAUUCUAAGAAAAAACAUUUAUAUAAAUUGUGAUAAUUAAGUGUAGAUAAUCUCUCGCUAAAAAACAUUAAAAACACUUUCAAACAUGAUAAAGCAGACAGUGAUUUUAUGUAUAAUUAUCGAAGCGUUUGGAUUAUCUUAUGCAGAUUCGGUGAUGACACUCAAUCAUCCAGACAAAAACGGAUAUGCGCAAGUAGUGCCCGGCUCAGAAAAACAUAAAUAUGGAUAUGAACUAAAAGACAACAAGCACUUCCAUCACACAACGACUGAGAAGGAUGGCGUUCGACUCGGAUGUUACGGAUACGAAUUGGAAGGCAAAAAGUAUUCAACUCAGUAUGUUGCCGAUUCGCGUGGAUAUAGAACCGUCACCAACCAAGAUCUUAUAACGGUUUAUCCAAAGUCUGGAGGAAAAAGAAAGGCAUCAUUUGUUGACGAAUUGGUUUCAGAAAACGUUCAGUAUGUUUUCCCAGAAGGCUGCAAAGGCAUUGAUGUAUUGAUUGACAACUCUUCACGAUUGAGAAAUAUCGAUGAACCUGAAGAUGACCUCAAUGAUGUUCAGCCAAAACUUCCUGUCACAUUGAAAACAACUUACAAGCCAUAUGUUUAUAGUACGCCACCUAACACUUACAUCCCACCAGGUCCACUUCACAUCUACACUCCAAAUCAAAUCAAUGGAACUCCAAAUAAGCCUCCAACUGUUUACUUGCCACCAAAAGGUCCUAAUGAUUUGUAUUUGCCACCGCCAACUGUUCCGAAACCAGCAAACACAUAUUUACCACCUGCUACUACAACAAAAGCCAAGCCAACAAUUACUUAUUUGCCACCGACUACACCUAAACCACCAAACACUUAUUUGCCACCUAAAGAUCCAUCGAAUAUUUAUUUACCACCAAACACAACACCGAAACCAUCACACAUUUAUCUUCCACCAGUCACACAAGCUACAAAACCAAAACCAAAACCACCAUUGAGUCCAAAUAUUGCAAUAUUGAGACCACCAGUGCUUCCUGAAUGUGACAAUUCAUGUUGUCAAAAGAAAUCUGGUGGAAUGUUUGUCAUUCCAAUUCCACUCAAGAACUUCAAUUCAAAUGAAUGUUGUGCGAGAACAGCUGAAUUAAUUUUGCCAUUAAAUCAAUUUGAUCACGACAGCGUUAAAAAACUGAAAGAAUCGAUGAUCGAAGAAAUCGACGCGAAAGAGUUGAUCAGAAAUAUUCUCAAAAGUCUUCUUUGAUCGUGUCCAUUAAAAUCGAAUAAAAAUUUAAAUACUGACUAAUUUAUAGCGAAAAUUUUAAUUUUUUCCUUUUGUUUUUCUGCAUUGAUGAUAACUGAGAGUUUGUUCCCGUUACACACCCACGAGAUAUUAAAUCAUAAACAUUUGUGGUACAUUCACCUUGCUGUUAUGCAUCGCCA